AUGCUGUACGAGAUGAUAGGAGUGGUACGGCCUGGCCGCCUCUCUGAAGUAAAAGAAAUCGCCAAAACCGCAGGCAAAAUUGUCCUCGACCAGCAGGGCGUCGUCCGUGGCGUCUCCAACUGGGGCACCUUCCUCCUCCCCAAGCCAGCAAAGAAGCUGCAGUCCACACACCACUACGGCCACCACUUCAUCAUGCGCUUCGAUGCGAGUGCCCGCGCACAGCACGCGUUACGGCGAACCAUGAGUCUGGACCCCAGGUUGAUCAGAUAUAGCGUCGUCAAGAUGGGCACCAAGUUUGAGGAGAUCAAGGAUGUGCCAGGAACCGCCAAGUUUAGGUGA